AUGGUGGCGGCUCCCCUGGCCGCGGCGCCAAAGGCAGCGUCUAGCGUCGCCCUUGGACACAGGUGUGGCCUCGGCGGCGGCAAGCAGAGAGAGGGCGCAAAGCAUUAUGUCAGCAGCGCGGUGCAUGGCUCUUCACGGACAGGCUUGCAGACGCAGAGUUCAAGUGCAAGCGCGGCGCCAGUUGCUGGGGGGUGGAGCCUCCAGGAGGAUCAGCGUCGCCCGAUCGUGGUCUACGCGGCGGAGGCUGGGGCGACUGCAGCUGGCCAGUCCUCAGCGCAGGCGGUCGCGGCAAGAGCAAGCGGAAGGCAGCGCAAGGAGGUGGCGAUCAUCGACCAGGAGACUACGGCAAUCAGUCUGGUGGAGGCAACAACAAGGACGAGAAAGUGGCAGAGCUACUCGCACAAGCAGCAGCAUUGGCAGGUGACGGCGCUUGGAAGCAGAAGCUCGAUGCCCUUCGUGCCGGAGCGGAACCUCAGCCACCAGCGGCACAGCAUCCGCAGCCUGGAUCCCGCCAGGCGCUCAGAGCAGCAGAAGAUCGAGCACAAAAGGCACAGAGUGCGCAAACGAAGGCGCACAGACGACGUGAGCGGCCACUCGAAGAACUCGUGCAAGCUGAACAGGAGAGACGGCGGCAACGGCGAAAAGAAGCAGCGGGUCUUGCCGCUCGGCGCGCUCCUGGAGGACGAGGAGAUCGACGUCGACUCGGGGGGCCUUUUCGAGUUCGGCAGCGACGACGUCAGCGAGGCAGACAAGAAGGAUAUCGAGCCCAGGAAGAAGCAGUUCCUGGCAGCCGCGAAGGGAGCGGCGAAGGUGGCUUUCGCGCAGGGGGCGGCGGCCCUCAAGCAGCAGAGGCAGCAGGGGCAGCUGGGCGAGGGGGCGCAGCGAGCUCCUAGCCGCACCAUUUUCAAGCAGAACCUCUCGACCUGGGGGCCGAGGCUGAAGAAGCAUAUCGACUCGCUCGAGGGUGACGUGAUCAUCUUCCCAGAGACGCAUGUCGGCAUCGAGGGCGCCAACGAGAUCGUGGAGCACCUCGACUUCAGGGGUUUCAAGGCGGUGGUCACGCCGUCCACGAAGAACAAACGCAGCGAAUUGGCAAUCGGCAUCAGCAUGGCUAUUAGAAUGCUUUUGUCGGUAACGUCGAUGAGGCGCCUCGCAUCGAAGAGGGGGCAGGCAAUGGGGCUCAGGCAGCUCAACAGUGAGAGGGGGCCAGGGCCAGUCCACUUUCAGGACAUGGUGGCGGCUCAGUGGCGGUGGCGAGGACAGUCGGUUCUCGCCAUCGGCGUGUAUCUAACAUCGUCGAUCGGCAUGCGCGGCGAGAACCAGCAGAAGAUGGCGCGCAUAGCGGCGCUCACACGCGGUCACAGCUGGCCGUGGGCGGCGAUCGGCGACUGGAACGCGGGGCCGACCGAGAUCCGGAAGGCAGGGUGGCUCAAGCUGCUCGACGCGAAGGUGGUGGCGCCAGCAGACGUGAGCUACGCGUGCACGCGCAAUCCAGCGCGCAUGCUCGAUUACGUGGUGUGCUCGGAGUCUUUCCUGAUGAUCGUGGGCAGAGUGGAUGCCGAUCGUCGCGAUCCUGGCGACCACUGCGGAGCGAGGGUGCGCUUGAAAAGCGAAAGGAAGAUCGCGAUCCAGCGCGACCUGCAGCUGGCCAAACCUUUCCCCUUGCCCGAUUUGCCGCAGAAGAAGGCGGGCCCGAACAGCAAGCGGUCCAGGCAGGAGGCGAAGAAGCAGAGCGAGUACGAGGCAGGUCUGGCGAAGGCGAACGGCGGAAGGACGCGGUCGUCUGCGAGGCCGCGCCGCCCGAGUGCCAGCCAAAAGACGAGAUGGAGGGACGAGAUGGAGGACCUCUUCGGGGGGUCGAGCGAGGAGGGCGGCGUGCUCAGCGAGGGCGAGGGCGACGAGAAGGAGACAGCCCGCAAGCCCCAGGCGGAGGAGAUCUUCGACCUGGCAAUCGCCGAGCGCAACACAUUGUGGCAGGAGAAGUUCCGCGCGGCGAUCACAGAGGACCGCGUCGCGCGGAUGCAGCCGGCGCAGUGCGCGAAGGAUACGCUCGCCUUUGCCUUCGACGAGGAGGGAUCGCGAGAGCUCGGAGCGCGUUACGGCGCAUGGGCACACGCAGUGGAGCAGCCCUACAUGGCGCCCCUGCAGGUCAAAGCCGAGGAGCGGAGCAUCUACCUCGGGCGCGGCGAGGAGGUCAGGUUUAAGAAGGGCAAGGCAAAGCUCGGCAUCGGCGUCAGCGACGACCUGGACCAGUCCAUCUGGUGGCGGGGCACGCUGGCCUCGUACUUGGUAGAGUUGCAA